AUGCACCACCCUCCCCUCCUCUUCCCGCGCUGCAGAAUCAACCCGACUCAUUUCAAGGCUACACCACAUAAUUUUAUUCCACGGAGCCAACUCCCAAUCUGGCGCCGCCCCAUCGCGAGCACGCCGCGCUACGAGGGAAGAAAUAGACCGUUCUCCAUCCUCAAUUGCACAGCAGCAGCCGGUAUCUCUCGUUCCCGGAUUGGGAAGCGCGGAUUUUGUGCCUCUUCUGUUCUUACUUCGGUAAUCGUCCUGCGAAAUAAGAGCUUGACGACUAGACGUGGUGGAGCGGAGAUGGCGCAGAAAGGAGGUGGUGCGAGACAGGCUACUUUGGGGUAUGUUCGCGAUCCGCAGUUAAGUAUUGGGAAGUUCUUCGGUGCCAAUGCUGGGUCUGGAUCGCUCCCGAAAAAACAGUCCACUCUGACGUUUUCGAGGCCAGGCAGCAGAAGGAAGCAAGAAGAUGGAGCUGCAACAAAGACAAACGAAGCAGAGGUACUAGAGAAUAACGAUAAGGAUGUGAAUAUGGAUGAUGUUGCGACUGGCAAGGAAUCAAAGGUCGAGAGUAGUAAGCGCAGUGAGACUCCUGCUGUCGAAAAGGAGGAGGAUAGCGCAGGUGAAAACUCGCGCAGCGGUAGUGACUCUCCAGAAUCACAAAAGCUAAAACGGGAGAAGAGUCCCGUGGAGGAGAGUGAAGAAUCCGAUGUUCAACCAGUCACGAAGAGGCGGAAGCGUGCUUCGCCCGAGAAGAAGCGUGUAUCUUCAAACGCAAAAGCUGCUGGCAAGAAAGCUGCGGCUUCUCCGACACAAAAAGUGCGGACAAGAUCUCCGAAGAAGGUCAAAGAAGAAGUUACGUUUGAAGACAAGGAAUCCUCAUCCGCUGAACAGGAGGAUGACAUUUCUGAAAAUGGUGAUGAACUAGCCGAAGAAAAGCCGAAGAUUGCUCAGAAAAAGAGAGAAAUGGUCCAACAUGCAUUGAAGGACUCUGGGAAGGAUCCUUACCCUGAUUGGAAACCUGGAGCGCCCGUGCCAUACGCGGCGCUCUGCACGACUUUCUCCCUCAUUGAGAUGACUACUAAGCGACUAAUUAUAUUAUCUCACUGCUCUCUUUUCCUCCGCCAAGUUCUUCGUCUUACGCCAAAUGACCUCCUCCCAACCGUUCAGCUGAUGCUCAACAAGUUAGCCGCCGACUACGCCGGCAUCGAACUUGGAAUUGGCGAAUCAUUCAUCAUGAAAGCCAUUGGCGAAUCCACCGGCCGCAGCCUGGCAGUUAUCAAGGCUGACCAGCAUGAAAUCGGCGACCUUGGCCUCGUGGCCGCGAAGAGUCGCUCAAAUCAGCCAACCAUGUUCAAGCCGAAACCACUGACGGUUAGGGGUGUGCACGAGGGCCUCCUUGCCAUUGCUAAGACACAGGGUCACGGAUCUCAGGAGAAAAAGAUUUCCGCUAUCAAAAAGCUCUUGUCGUCUGCUGAUGCUGCUUUGGCAGGAAAGGGGCCGAAAGGGAUUGAUAUCACACACAACAAGGGCGGGCCAAGCGAAGCUAAGUUCAUCAUUCGUUUUCUCGAGGGUAAACUGCGUCUUGGGCUUGCGGAAAAGACCGUACUCGUGGCGCUGGCACAUGCGAUGGUGGCGCAUGAGGUUGAGGUACAGGGCAAAAAGGCGCCCAGCACUGAAGAGCUGGCCAAGGGUGAAGCUAUUCUUAAGUCCGUGUAUAGUGAACUUCCUUCGUACGAAGUCAUUAUCCCCGCUAUGCUCGAGCAUGGAAUCUUCAAUCUGAAGGACAAGUGCAAGUUGCAACCCGGAGUUCCCCUGAAACCUAUGUUGGCCAAGCCUACAAAGUCCAUCACAGAAGUUCUUGACCGCUUCGAAGGCAAAAAUUUCACAUGCGAGUACAAGUACGAUGGUGAGCGGGCGCAAAUACACUACGUCGCCCGUGAAGAAAUACACAAAUAUGCUUCGACGGCGUCAACCUUACAAAAAGACGGGGAAGGCAUCUGUGCCAUCUUCUCGCGGAAUUCGGAGGACUUGUCAAAGAAGUAUCCGGAUAUCCUUGGUAAGUUGGAGAGCUGGGUAAAGAAAGGUACAACUAGUUUCGUGCUGGACUGCGAGACCGUUGCGUGGGAUAUGGUCAACAAGAAAGUUUUGCCAUUCCAGCAGCUCAUGACGAGGAAGCGGAAGGAUGUUAAGGCAGAGGAUGUCAAGGUUAAAGUCUGUGUUUUUGCGUUUGAUUUGCUAUUUUUGAAUGGACAGGCGACUGUGAAAAUGACCUUACGAGAACGAAGGGCUCUUUUGCACGAGGCUUUCACGCCAAUUGAAGGCGAAUUUGUUUUCGCCCAACACGGAGACACUAAUGACCUCGAUGAGAUCCAGACCUUGCUUGACGAGAGUGUAAAAGCGUCAUGUGAGGGUCUGAUGGUGAAAAUGCUCGACACCGAAGAAAGCGGUUAUGAACCCAGCAAACGCAGUCGAAACUGGCUUAAGGUUAAAAAAGAUUACCUCGCCGGCAUCGGCGACUCUCUUGACCUCGUCGUCCUAGGCGCCUACUACGGCCGGGGUAAACGUACAUCCGUCUACGGCGCUUUCCUCCUAGCCGCCUACAACCCCAACACGCAAAACUUCGAAACAGUCUGCAACAUCGGCACAGGCUUCUCCGAAGCGCUCCUCGAAGAGCUCCACAAAGCCCUUUCCCCGCUUGUCAUCGACCGUCCCAAACCAUUCUACGACCACUCUUCCGUCCCCAAGGACCAGCCGGACGUCUGGUUCGAACCCAAGUAUGUCUGGGAGGUGAAGGCGGCAGAUCUGACGCUUAGUCCGCGCUACAAGGCUGCGGCGGAUGAGGUUAUGGGUAUUGCUAGCGCUGGCAGUAACGGGACGGUUAAGGGUAUUUCGUUGCGGUUUCCUAGGUAUAUUAAGGCUCGGGAUGAUAAGAAACCUGAGGAAUCGACGACGACGAGGCAGGUGGCAGAGAUGUAUCGGAGGCAAGAGAGUGUGAGUAAGGACACGGCAGGGAAGGGAGGGGUGGACGAUGAUUUUGAGUAUUGAGU